AUAGCCAAUGAAGCAUUGAAUUUUUCAGACUAGAUCUAAAGAAAGAGGGAAGCAGACAGACAAAAGAUGAAACCCUGUCAAAAAACUGAAGAAAAACCAAAGAAUAAGAAUGAGUCCAAGCUUGAGGAAGAACCAAAGUCUGGGGAAAAGCCAGAGGAGGAGGAAAAACCGGAAGAAAACUUCAGGGAAAGGCUAAUUCAUCCUCUCCAGGAAUUUAAAGAAGAUAUACACAACAGGCCUUUAAGCAAUGAAGAUAUGUUUAGAGAAGUGGAUGAAAGAGACGAGAAGAAGGGUAAAAGAGAAACAGUGGUACACCGAAAGGUUAACUGAAACCAUCCUUUACCCCUGUUUCUGUUAACAAAUAUUUACAACUCAAUCAAGGCUGACUGUUCUCUUCUCACCACCCAGCCCAAUUUCUUCUACCUGUGAAUUUUUUCAUCUACUCUGUUAAUGUAUUCUUACGGUUCUUCACAGACAGCUUGCUUUCACUCAUUUAUUUGUGUACAACUUCUUCACUUGAAUUCUAGGAGAUCAAGGAUAUCUACAGCACCCAGCACUGUGCCACAUAUUUAAUAGUUUGUAAAUACCUGUUCAUUUUUUUAAUACCACAGAAUUUUCGAGUUAAAAGAGAACUUAAUAAAAGAAAACCUACCCCUAAUUCCUAUUUUUAUCUUCACAAGACAGUUUGUACAUUAGAAGAAAUACACGAGUUUAGGACCUCACACCGUUCAGAGAUAGUUUUGAUAACUAAGCACAUUGAAAUUCACAUCUUGAAAAGUCUGGCUUAGAACCAUACUUCAGGAUG